CGGCCGCCGCGUCUGGGCUGAGCGUGGCGACGCUGCUGCCCCGAAAUCCUCCCAGAUCUUGAGGCGUAUGGAACCUCAAGGUCUUUCUGAUAAUGGAAACCAAAAAAUUGAUUGGUAAACCACUUCAACCAGCAAGACCUGCUCGUCAUCUGACUUCUCCUCCUGGAGUGGUCUUCCCUUUCAACUUUCAAAACGAAUAUCCAUGCAACACCCAGUGCUUACAAAGUGGAGUUAGCAGAACUUUACAGGUUUCUUUCGGCAGAGAAAGUCCAUUACCAAUCAACUCACCUUGGAGUUCUGAGUGGUGUAAGACGAAUGGAAUGCAAGCCUUUACUCAAGGUCUUAAUGAACAACAGCAACAUCAGUCUCCAGUUAAAAAAGAGAGAAUUAAAUACAGCAGAGAUUUCCUAUUGAAGCUCUCAAGUGUUUCCAUCUGCAGAAAAAAACCAGACUUUCUACCUGAUCAUCCCAUUGUACUUCAAAAACCUGAAAACCACCAAAGUUUUAAGUAGCUUUAAGAACAGAUGAAUUUGAAGAUAAAGAAUUAUUCGUUUUAUAUUUUACACCUGCAAAUGAAGUGGAUCUUUUAACAAUAACUAGUGGACUGUGACAUUUUAUUUUUAAUGGUUGGGUAUUGGUUUCUCUUGAAAUAUUUUCCUAAUCAAUUUCAGCUUUGCAGGCAGUUUCCUAUAUGAAAGUGGGAAUAAAUAUUGGAAAGCAGGAAUUUGGUUAGUGAAGUGGAAAAACUAAUUUGCAUGCUACUAGCAAUUUUUUUGUUUUCUUUUAAUAAUGGAAUGAAAAUGUAAGCUGUAAAGAUUCCCAAAUAUAAAGUAUUUGCUACACUGUAUACAUAAUUUCUUGGUGCAUUUAAAGUUACUUUAGUUAUGCUUCCAACUGAUUUCUUACCAACAUUUGAAAGAAUGUUUAUAAUCUCUCCAGAGGCUUAGAAUUAUUCAAAAUGUUUAGUGCACAGUUCAAUGAUAGGAGGAAGAAUAUUUUAAUAGGCAAUUGUUUCAAAUAUAACUGGAUGUCUAUGGAUGAAGAAUUUUGGGGUUUAAGCUUAGUUUCUACAAAUUUUACAGCAUAAAGUUAAAAAAAAUGCUGAUACAAGGUAAGUAUAAACUCCCUACUUCUAUUAGAGCUAUAAUUUGUCUAAAACUUUAUCUUAUUCUGAACUCCUGAAGCCAAUACCUUUUCUUCGCUGGUCUUUGUUUACCCAUAUUUAAGCUUUUAGUCUUUUAAUACAAAGUAUGGACAGUUUUUAUAAUAGGCAAGUUCUUUAGUUAUAAAUAUUUUAGUUGGUUAAGUACCUUUUUUCCAUACUAUUUCCCCUUUAUAGAUAGGUUCCUGUUUGUCUCUACUCACUCACACAAAUGUAAUUUGUAGAAAAACUGGAGUCAGAAUUACCAUAUAAAUUGUUUUGCUAAUUUGCCCAUUCUCAAGUUCUGUUGAUACUAUAUCCCAGUUAGCAAGAAGCAUGACAGAACCUACUCGACUUUGGAAUCUUUUAAAAUUUCUAGCUAUGAUUUUUAAACCAUUUAUUAUUUAAAUUUUCAAAAAGAGUUUGUAUGUCAAAAGUCCUGAUCCUUUCUUACUGUAUAUAAUCAGAGAGAGACUACAAAGACUGUUCUAUUACUUUCUUGCCUUUGUACAUAUGCAUAGAUUGUUUGAAUAAUCAUUGUACAACUCCAUUAAUGUUGUUUUUUGUAUAUAAAUUAAAAGAGUUGAGCCAGGUAUUGUUUCAUAGUGUUUGUCAUCUUCAGAAAUUAUUAGUGACACACACAGAAUUCAGUUUAAAGCAAUGUGUGUGCAAAAUUUACUCCCUGUUCUAGUAAUAGCUAUGAAAAAAACUUUAGAUUGAAUGAGGACUGAAGAUAUACAAAGGUAUGGAUACAUUUGUGAAUAUAUUUGAAAAUAAAAUUUAACUUACCUUUACUUUCAAGCUUUUUAACUGAACAAAACAGGAAAUAUUUACUUCAGACCUCUGGUUUCAAACAUUCAACUGGAGAACACGGUAACAUUUCUAUUUGCACAGUAUUUUCAUUAGCAUUUAUGAUCAAAACAAUUAUGGGCACAUAGAUCUAAGUAUAUAGCAGAUACAUACUCUUAAUUCUAGUGAAUAGGAGCUAUGAUCAUUCUAAUACUGGAAAAUCUCUCUUGCCUCAAGUUUUGUGCUGGUUUUGCUUCCGUUGAAACUUUUUAAAGUCAUUAUAUUACAUAGUUAGCUUUUUGAUUCAU